GGUGUGCUGUGUCCCUCGGACACAGUGGAUCACCGAUCAAUGGAAAGAGCCGAAGAUGUCGGCUUGGUCAUGUGAUCAGCUGUGUCCAAUCACAGUUGAUCACAUCAGUGCCACCUGUCAGUGCUCAUUAGUGCCACGUGCCAGCGCCCAUCAGUGCCACAUCAAUGCCACAUAUCAGUGUCUACCAGUGCACAUCAAUGCCACAUAUCAGUGCCCAUCUGAGCUGCCUUUCAGUGUCACCCAUCAGUGGCAGUCAGUGCCACCUAUCAAUGCCAGUCAGUUCCACCUAUCAGUGCUGCCAAUCAGUGCCACCUAUCAGUGCCAGUCAGUGCUGCAUAUCAGUGUGCAUCAGUGUUGCCUAUCAGUGCUGUUGCCGCCUAACAGUGCCAGUGCCACCUAACAGUGCCAGUCAGUGCCGCCUACCAGUGCCACCUAUCAGUG